AUAUAAAGACCUCGUGGUCCCAACUUUGGGAGACAAAAAGAAACUGUCACCAGAGGAGAGAUGCCGCUCAGUUCUGCAACAGUUCAAACUCCAGGGAUGGCAGCCCAGGAAGUGA